AUGGGAACCUCUAUGCCUUCAAGCAACUGUUCUUCUUUCUCAUAUUUCAGUACACGAAGAAUAGCUGCCACAAUCAAUGUGCCGAAGAUCAAGGUAACCAAGAUUUCCACUCCAAGGCUUCCAAACAGAAGCUUGGUCGCGGAAUUGGAUUAUCUAAACAAUUGCAUUUCAACCACCACCGCAACUCGGGCAAAAGAGGAUACUUACUACUCCAAAAUCAACACUACCGGUUCUACAACAUCUGGAAUACGCACACCAAAUUCCAUGGAGGUUGUAAAGCUUCAUUUGAUUAUGGAGAUUGUAGAAGAUAGAAUGGAGAUGCACAAGAAUAUUGGAGCACAGCGUGACAACUGGAACCGUCUUCUAAUGACAUCUGUUGAUAUGAUCACUCUUUCUGCUUCAACUAUGGUUGGCCUUGCAGCUGUUUGUCCAAGUGGAGCACCUAUUGUGGCCUUGAAGGUGUCCUCCACAAUUCUUUACAUGGCAGCCACAGGGUUAAUUUUGGUCAUGAACAAAAUUCAGCCAUCACAGCUUGCGGAGGAGCAGAGAAAUGGUGCUAGGCUGUUCAAGCAGCUCCAUGGAGAACUCAGAACAAUGAUUUCUCUUGGGAAUCCUACUGAGAGUGAUGUUGAUGAAGCAAUGGAGAAAGUGUUUGUGUUGGACAGGGCCUUCCCUCUUCCUCUAUUGGGCUCAAUGCUUGAAAAAUUCCCUCAAACUGUGGAGCCAGCUGUGUGGUGGCCUAGACAGAAGCAAAGGAGUCCAAGAAAAGAAGAGUUAGGUGGGAAACUGACAGGGAAGAAUGGAUGGGAUGCAAGGUUGGAGGCUGAAAUGAGAAAGAUUGUGAUGGUUUUGAGAAAGAAGGACAUGGCAGAGUACUUGAGGUUGGGUAAAGAAGUUUUGAACUUCAACAAGGUAUUGGCAGUUUCUGGUCCGCUACUCACUGGCCUUGCAGCGUUGGGUUCAUGCCUUUUGGGUUCUGUGAAUGCAUCUUGGCCUAUGAUGCUUGGGGUUGUUGGAGGAGCUUUGGCAAGUGUUGUCAACACAUUAGAGCAUGGGGGGCAAGUAGGGAUGGUGUUUGAGAUGUAUAGGGCAAAUUCUGGUUUCUUUAAGCUCAUGGAAGAGAACAUCGAACUAAAUAUUAAUGAAGAAGAUCCUCAUAAAAGAGAAAAUGGGGAAUUGUUUGAAAUCAAAGUAGCUUUACAGCUAGGUAGGAGUCUCUCAGAACUCAGGCAAUUCGCUGCUGCAGUUUCAUCAUCACAUGAAGAGAAAGGUUCUGAAGAGUUUGCUAGCAAGCUUUUCUAG